CCAAAAGUGUGUAAUUUCCACAACUAGAACUAAUAAAAACUAGUUAAAAAUACAAACAUACAAUUGGAAAUUACACGAAUAUCAAUGCUGAAGUGAGAAAGUUAUGGAAAGGAUUGAAAACCUACAACGAUGAGUAACUGUAAGAACUAACAUGUUGACAACAAAUUGAAGGCGGUGACCCCGUUUACCACAUGAAUCAUGGCAUUCUCCCUACAAGUUGGCUGUAUCUCACCGCAAAUCCAAGCCUAUGGAGGAACGGGGACCCCCAAGAUGAUUUUUCACCUUGUUAUGCUAAUACUACGUAUGAUAAUUGUUGGGGCGUCGAUAUAAAUAAUUUGUUGAUGUUCUUUGGCUACGUUAGAAGGAACCGCGAGUGGGUGCUUGAGUUCUAUUCCCCAUAUAUGGCUGCAUUGAUGAUUGGGAGGCUAAGCUUGAAAAUGUAUCCAAUACCUUGCAGCAAGCAAAAGAGCAAAGAAGAACUACUCGUGCGCACAUCCCGUUCGUGAAGUAAUAGAAGAGCGAGGAUCUGAAAGUUUUGAUGGCGCGAAGGAGGGAAGAGUGUUUGAUCGUGCAUGAAGUGGCUGCCUAGCGUUUAGGCGUCGAUUAAUCAGACAAACUAGGCUGAUUUUUAGAACCAUGGCACUCCAAAGAAAGGCGCUUAAGUUUGCCUUGUCUCCGACCUUAAAAGUAUUGUCGCUACCAUGGA